GAGCGUGAACGUCAGCCGUCACACUCGCUGAGGAGCGACUGACAGUUUGUCCAACCAGUGCGGAGAUUUGUUGAUACCCGGAGCUAGCAGCUGAACUUUGCCUCAUUGGCCCGUGUUAGUUCAACUUCCCCACCCCACCCCGUGGAUUUUGCGUGUCCUUCAGCGUGUCGCACGACUUGCUGCCUUGCCUUGAAGUGUUUAGAAGAAAUAGUGUCAAACCAACUCGAGGUGGCUCGCUGUGCAGUUCCCAGGCUAAUUUCAUGUCCAUGGAGCUGAGAGGACAUCUGUUGUAAAGUUGACAGACCCUGUUAUUCCUGGCUUUAGGUCUGAACAUCAACACUAUGACGGGUGACAUGGUGAUCUUGAGGGGUCUGACCUGGAUGAAGCAGGCGGCCAGCAAAGCCCCACCAGGCGGCCUGCACUGCACCGGGAACCAGAGGCUGCUAAACUUCCAUCACAGCGCUGGAUCAGCAAGGGAGACGUUCAACAGACAGCAAGAGUUCUGUGUCCGCAGAGCCACGGCAGCACAGCUCCACAGAUAUUCCACCAUGGGAGCUUGUUUCAGUGCCUGUUUCAUUGGAAAUGUAAACGGCGGACAGACAACCUGCAUUGGAAGACCCAGCACGAAAGGUCUGAAGUACCACAGGGACUGGUCACAACAACUGUUCUCUGGACAUACAAGGUUAUUUAACCAGGACAACUCCACUGUGGGGCAUCUGACAUCAGAGGACGUUGAUAAAACCCCCAAGAAAACCAACAUCAAGCAACAUAAACAAGUGCUCAGUGAGAAAGCCAGAGAGAGGAAGGUGCCCGUCACACGGAUAGGAAGGCUGGUCAAUUUUGGAGGCUUGGCGGUUGGACUCGGCAUUGGGGCUAUCGCUGAAGUGGCCAAGAAGACUUUAAAACCCCAACAGCAAGGGGAUAAAAAAUCCAUUCUGGACUCGAGUGCCUUCCUCACCGAAGCCAACGCUCAAAGAAUCGUCCGGACACUUUGUAAAGUCCGAGGUGCUGCUCUAAAAAUUGGACAGAUGCUCAGUAUUCAAGAUGACGCCUUUAUUAACCCCCAGUUGGCCAAAAUCUUUGAGCGUGUUCGACAGAGUGCCGACUUCAUGCCCCCUAAACAGAUGAUGAAAGCUAUCACCAGUGACCUGGGCCCAAAUUGGAGAGACCAGCUGGAGUACUUUGAGGAGAAGCCGUUUGCAGCGGCGUCGAUCGGUCAGGUGCAUUUAGCCCGACUGAGGACCGGCAGAGAACUCGCCAUGAAAAUUCAGUACCCUGGAGUUGCCAAGAGUAUCGACAGUGACGUGAAUAAUAUCAUGACCGCGCUGAGUUUAAGCAAAGCUCUGCCUGAAGGUCUAUUUCCUGAGCACCUUAUUGAGGUCACAAGCCGUGAGCUGGCGCUGGAGUGUGAUUACAUAAGAGAGGCCAAGUGUGCCAAAAGGUUCCAAGAGCUGCUGAAGGAUCACCCGUUCUUCUAUGUGCCUGAUGUGAUUGAGGAGCUGAGCGGCCCUCAUGUCCUCACCACAGCGCUGGUACCCGGGUUCCCUCUGGACCAAGCCACAGACCUCUCCCAGGAGCUUAGGAAUGAGAUCUGUGAGCAAAUCUUGCGGUUGUGCUUGAGAGAGCUUUUUGAGUUCAGAUACAUGCAGACUGAUCCAAACUGGUCCAACUUCUUCUUUGAUCCACAAGCUCAUAAGGUUGCUCUGUUGGACUUUGGAGCUACGAGGGGAUUUGAUAAGAGUUUCACUGACGCCUACAUUGAGAUUAUUAAUGCGGCUGCAAACAAGAACAGAGAAGGUGUCCUGCAGAGAUCCAGAGACAUGAAGUUCCUCACAGGAUACGAGUCAAAGGCGAUGGAGAAGGCCCAUGUGGAUGCGGUGAUGAUCCUCGGGGAGGCCUUCUCCUCCGAGGAGCCCUUUGACUUUGGGAGUCAGAGCACCACCAAGCGCAUCCACAGCCUCAUCCCCGUGAUGCUGAGGGAGCGCCUCACACCGCCUCCCGAGGAGACAUACUCCCUCCACCGCAAGAUGGGCGGCUCCUUCCUCAUCUGCUCCAAACUCAAAGCUAAGAUCUCCUGCAGGAACAUGUUUCAGGAGGCCUACCACAACUACUGGAAAGACGGACGCCCAGAGUUCACAAACUAGCUGGAGGCUGGCCUGUUUAAAGCAGGACUUUGUAGCAUUGUUUGCGGUAUGUUGAACAAUUUAACUCACACAUUCUGAAGAUGUUUUUGUGCAACAUGGGCCAGAUAAUGUCCAGAUGUAGUUUUGUGUUUUUAGGUAAACUGAGUAUAUUAAAGAAAACAUGAAUCAUCAUAAUGUCUGCCUGUUAGGAACAAUUUAAUGCAUGCUUUAUAUUCCAUUGCUCAUUUUGACCAGGGCUUCCAGUCAGACAAUGUGUGAAGAUUAUUUGUAUGUAUUGUUUGGAUGAACAACUGUGUGUCUGUAUGGUUUGAGAAACUGUAAUUCAGUCAGUUGAAAUACAUACAUUCUGAUGAAAACCAACCAGUUUCAAAGUUUUGUACAUUUCUGAGAA